AGGAAGACUGAAGCAAACAGAACUCCGAACAUCAAACAAGACCUCCGCGCCUCUUUAGAACGGUACUAUCAUACGAUGAGUGGGGUCAUAUACUAAUACGCCCUCUAGUUGCGGACCUGCCUACUAUGUAUAUUGUGGCCCCAGGAACACUGACUCUACGCCUUGAGAUCUACGUUCUGUUAGUUCAAGAUCGAAACUGCGGUUAUGCAGGUUGUCGGCGUUUUGAGACUACCAAGAGGUUCUUUUGAAUAUCCUAGGUGCAAUUGACCAAUUAGAUUGAAUGUUAUACCUUGCUAUAGAAUUAGUAACAUGGUUAAUCAUGCUAUUCCUGGGAGUUGCGGUGGACUUCUAGGUUCAAGAGAAAUGCGGAUUCAUCGUACGCCGCCUAGUCACAUAUAACUAGCGGUAGAUAGCUUUUAACUACUAAUUUAUUCGGCGGCCAAUAUUGCCCCGGGACCGGAUUGCUUGCAUCGGUCGCGGAUAACUAUCUAGGUAUCUAGGUGAGUAUAUAAGAGUCGAUAUAAACCGCAUUCAUACGGAGAUAGGGCUGUAAACUUUACUACAUUGUAUUUUUGUUGUGAAGCAUUCUUGAAGUAUCCAAUGGCCAAAUUCUCCCACGAACCUAUUAUUGAGGCCGCCUGCCAGAAUGGUGGACUGCCUGGCGUGGUACUCACUGCGGGGGACGCCACGGGCAAAUUCCAGUAUGCGAAGGCGUUCGGUCAGAACGCCCGCGGGGAGACUCUCGCGCUAGAUAGUGUGAUGUGGAUUGCCUCAAACACCAAGAUCGUAACGGCGGUCGCAGCACUCCAGCAAGUCGAGAAAGGAAAGAUUGGAUUGGACGAUGAUAUCACGAAAGUGAUUCCGGAGAUCGCUUCAUUACAAGUCCUCGCGGGUUUCGAAGAAGGAGGAAAACCCAUAUAUGAAGACAGGAAGUUCCCGCUCACUCUUAGGAUCCUACUCACACAUACCUCUGGAUUCACUCACCCAUUAUUCAAUGCCAAACUCCAACAGUUAGAGAAGUAUACUGGCCCUCUUGUGGCAGACUCUAGGACUAUCCUAGGUGACUGUACCCUGCCCCUCGUCUGUCAGCCUGGCGAGAGUUGGGAAUAUGGUUUGAGCUACGACGUGGCGGGCAAACUAAUCGAAAGGCUCUCUGGUCUCUCUCUGGAGGACUACAUGCGGGCUAACGUCUGGGACCCAUUGGACAUGCCGCUUAUCAGCUUUGUGCCCGAUUCGAAACCCGAGAUGAAAGCACGCAUGAUAAAAUCGAGUACUAGGGCUGGGCCGGGCAAAUUGGUACCCGGAGAUAUGUACUUUCAUCAAUUAGGAGGGGAUAAAGACGAUGCGUAUGGAGGAGCAGGGCUCUGGGCAUCCGCAGAUACUUACGCGAAACUCCUGCAUUCACUGUGCGCGAAUGAUGGUCGGGUACUGGGUAAGGAAAUGGCGGAUGAGCUGUUCCGGCCACAGCUGCGACCCGACGUUAGGGAAGCGCUGAACGAGACGGCUAGAACUGUAGAGGCGGUACGACAAAUUUAUGCCAAUUCGUUCGAUAUGGAUCAUCAAAUAAUAGACCAAGCGCUUGGUGGAAUGGUUGGAACUCGAGACGAACCUGAUAGGAAAAGAGCCGGGACUAUGGCUUGGGGUGGAUUUCCUAAUCUGAUUUGGUGGGUUGAUAGGAAAGCUGGCCUAUGGGGAUCAGUCUUUACUAAUCUCGUGCCGGCUGGAGACGUUGAAGCAACCGAAUUGGCGGCGGUUUUUGAACGGUCGAUCUAUGAGCAGUAUGAAGAGUUUAAGAAACAGAAUGCCUAGUGAGUGUAUUACUCGAGCGGUGGAAUCGGGAUGAAUGAAUUGAAUCACUUCAAGUGAUCCAGGCUCAUAUGAUGGCGGAAGAUGGUGGAUGAGAGGUGUAUAAUUUACGAGGUACCGACAAAAAGCGAUUAAAAAUAACAUUGAAGGUUCUCUUAUGCAUCUAUUUCAUAAAAAAUCCAUUGCGACCGACAGAGGUCGGAAGGCAUACCUACCUAAAUAUAGCGAAGCUUCUGUUCUUGGGCG